AUGGAAGAAAGACGUAGCGUCCAACGAUCGAAUACAUCGAAAUCGACAAUACAUACACGUAAUAAUUCAGAUGGAUCACUUUUCAACUCAGACACAGAAAAACUUGAUGAAACAAAGGCAGCCGUUAUUCAGGCUAAAGAUUUGAUGAAAGAUUUUAGCGAUCCGUCCAAUUUAUAUGGGUUUAAACUUUUAGUUGAAGAUCUUAGGUUAAAGCUUCCAUCAAAAAUAUUAAUUAACGCACUUAAACUUUUAAGUGAUGUCUCCUUAUUUGAUUAUUAUACGGAAGAUAUCAUUUCACAUUUUGAAUUACAUCUUCGUACUUGGGUGGCAACUCUUGAAAGAGUGGUCUGUUCUUCUAUAGCUUCUAUUUUUUUGAACCAGGAGUUUUAUGAUAAACUUUAUAGUAGUUUAGUUAGUUUCAUUGACAUUCAUUAUCAUAUAACGUUAUUUUUUAAACAAGAGGUUGAUCUUGAUAUCGCUGGCGACAAUUAUUUACAUUUUCAAAAUUAUAAUGUUAAUUUCUUAUUGAUCCACUUGCGUGAUAGUUUACAUAGUAUACGUAAUAAUAAAACACGUUCUGAUGAAUUCUUAAAGCAAGGAAAAGAUUUUCUUUUAUCACUCAUUCGCACUAUUCCUAAUGGUGAUUCGUCCGUAAAUAUUCUGGAAAUAUUAGGUGGAUCACCCGUAACCGAAACUUUACCAAAACUUAAUGGUUUUUUUAAUCUUAAUAAUUCCAUACCUAAAUGGUAUCAAAAAUGGCGUGAGUUCUUAUUUAUCCAUUAUUCUUUAGAAGAUUUAAUUAGGGAUUCAAAUCAUAGUAUUCUAAAACAUCACAACGAGGCUUAUAUUUUAGAAUUUCUUUGGCAAUAUAUUUUUGAUCCGGAUCUUAAUCAAAACGAAUUAGAUGAUGACGUCUCAGAAAUUUUAGGCAGUCAAGAAGAAUUUUCAAGUCUUUUCAUCGAAUAUAGACUUACCGACUUACCUUAUUUUUUAUGGUUUGGAAUAUUAGAUUUUGCUCAAAAUCUAUGUCAGAAAAUUUCACAACCGUCCAUCUUGACUUUUUUUUAUCACCUGGGUUUAAAAGUAUUGAAAAAAUCUCAAUUUGAUUAUAUCCAAUUUAAAUCUUUGGAAUUACUUUUAUCAUUAUCUUACAAAGAACCCGAAUGGUUUGAGAGCUUGGUGAAUCAAGAAAUCAAUAAAUAUUGUGAUUCAUUAUCAAAAGAUUCUUUACAAAAAUUUAAGAUUCUUGUCGAUAAUGUAAAUUUAAAACUUCGAUUAGACAACAAAUUUAUUAAACAUUUAACUUCAACAACAAAAUUCAAAGAAUCUUGGCUCUUUAAGGAAAAAUUGUCGGCAAGAAAAAGUGAUACUCUGUUUAAAGAAAUUAUUAUAGAACAAUUAACAUGCCCGAUUACUGGUGAAGUAACUAAUGAUUUUCUUAUUUUGGGGUGUAAUCAUUUGAUUAGUUAUAAUGCUAUAAGGACACGAAAAAUUAUAUUUUCUAUGAAAAGUAGAAGUUUUAAAUGCCCUUUUUGUAAAACUGUGAUCAAACUAGAAUCGAUAUAUAAACUUUCAAGGAACGCAACACUUAAAGGCCUUUGUAAACCGUUGGAACAAAUUGGUUAUUCGAUGGAAAAACAGCAAAUGAGCAUCAAAAUGGAUGUCGAAUUGAAAAUAUCACCAUCAAAGGUUACGCUGCCUACUUUCAAUAGAGCAAUUAAAGCAUUACGACAACAUGAGUAUUCAACAGCAAUAAUUUGGUUAACUCGAAUUUUACACUUUUAUCCCAAGAGCUAUUCUAUUCGAUGUAAGAGGGCAUUCGCAUCUUGGAAAAUUGAAAUGUAUCCUCAAGCUUUGAAUGAUCUUACGAUAGCGAUUCGAUUAAGACCAACAAAAUCUCUUGCUUAUAUUUAUAGGUGUCAUAUGUAUUUCUUUUUAAAAAAGGACGUUGAUGCACUAAAUGAUUUAGAAGCUGCUCUAAGAAUAGAUCCUGAUAAUAUAACGGCGCAUUUAUAUAAAGCAAAAAUAUGUUCCGACAAAAAGAAAUUUCAUGAGGCGCAAUUUGAAAUUAGAAAAGUAUUGCAUAAAAUUAAUUUCGCACAUCCAAUCUUAUCAAUUUUAUUCGAAAAGUUUGAUAAACCUCAUAAAAUGAUUUUUGGUUUGGGAAAUUCUUUACCUAUUCGACUUUAUAAUACGGAUCAUGCUACGAUAUCUGGAUACAUCUUAUUACAAUCAUGUAAUAAUAAAGAAAUAGUAAUGUCGUGUUGUGUUCAAGCUAUUAAUAAUGAUGAUAAAAAUGUAAUAGCUAUUGGAAUCAAAGGAAUAUUAUAUUAUACGAUGGGUUCUUUCGGCAAAGCUUUAGUUUGUUUUCAGGAAAUUUUGAAUAUAUUUCCAAGCACGAUCGCUUUGGAUUGUUACGAAAAAACCUAUCAGACGAUUGAAAAACAUAAUGAGAGAUGGCUUAAACGUGUAAAUAAAAUGGUUAAGAAAAGUUUAAAUCAAACAAAUACUUUUAAUUCAUGUCGAAAUGAAUUUAAUUUAUUCAAAGAUCAAGAUGAACAUUUCUUAGAAUAA